UUGUAAACCCAAGAUCUGAUUUUGCUAAACCACCAAAACGACAUCACUUUUAUUAAGGUCUUAAAUUCCGUGACUACUCACUCAUCAGUUACGACAUCCCCAAAAAAAAAAAUUAAGACAAAUAAAUCUAAUCUAACGGCUAUCCCUAAAAUUUUUAUCAAUUCCCAAAUAUGCCCUCCACGAUCUCCAAUCCUUCAUUUCUGCCCCAAAAACAAAAUAUUCCUAGAAAACAAGGACAAAACUGCUAACGUUGGAACUGCGUAAACCUAUAUCGUGGGUCUUUGUUUAUUUUAAGACAACUGAUCAAAAUCAUAUAUUACCGUUUCAUCAACACGUGGCGCUCACUCGUCUUCUCCGAUCCCCCACCACCGUACCACCUCCAUUUUAUUCACACCCACUGUGUGUAAAUAUUCAGGACCACUGUUUCUCUGAUGGGGUGGUUCUGAAAUCUAAAUACUAGUUAUGGAAUCACUUUCCGGCGGUUUUUCUUUUGCUUCGAUCCUUGUAGCUCAUGUUGUUGUUUUAGUUUUCUUUUCCUCCGGUGGGAUUUUGGCGGUGACGGAAUUUGACUUCGGAACGUUGACUCUUACGCGCCUUAAGCUCCUCGGAGACGCCCACUGGACCAACGGGAGCGUGCGUCUCACGCGCGAUCUAGGUGUGCCGUACUCUGGCUCCGGGAAGGUUCUCUACUCGAAGCCGGUCCAGUUCCGGCGGCCGGGGGAGCAAUCUCCGGCGAGCUUCUCCACGUUCUUCUCGUUCUCCGUCACUAAUCUGAACCCGUCGUCCAUCGGAGGCGGGUUGGCUUUCGUCAUAUCGCCGGACGACGAGUUCGUCGGAGAUUCCGGCGGGUUUCUAGGAAUCAUGGACGCAAGGAGGUCCCGGAAAGGCGUCGUGGCGGUGGAGUUCGACACUCUGAUGGACGUUGAAUUCAACGACAUCAACGGCAACCACGUGGGCCUCGAUUUGAACUCAGUGAUUUCGGCCCGAGUUGGCGAUUUGGAAACGGUCGGCGUCGAUUUGAAGAGCAAUAAUCUGAUAAACUCGUGGGUCGAUUACUUCGGGUCGACCCGUUUGCUCAAAGUGUACGUUUCGUAUUCCAAUUCGAAGCCCAAAUCCCCCAUUCUAUCCGCCAAUUUGGAUCUCAACAAGUAUUUAAUAAACGAUUUCGCGUUCGUUGGGUUCUCCGGGUCAACUCAGGGGAGCACAGAAAUCCACACCAUUGAGUGGUGGAGCUUCACCUCGUCGUUUGAUGCCAACCCGGCCGCACCGCCGCCGCCGCCGCCGACGGGUAGUUUAAUGAAUCCGACAGCUGAUAAAGCCAGCCCACCGCCACCCUCCCCCGCACCGGAGGCUAACAGCAGCAAUACGACGGCGUACGAACAAAAAAGUAGUGGGAAGUGUCACAAUCACCUCUGCAAAGAUGCUCCCGGAGCCAUCGUCGGAGUGGUAACCGCCGGUGCUUUUUUCUUGGCAUUUUGCGCCCUUGCAUUCAUAUGGGCUUACAAUAAAAAAUUCAAGUCCGACAAAAAAAAUUCAGACACAAUAUUAGCUUGUGACGUGAUCAAAAUGCCCAAGGAAUUCACCUACAAGGAGCUCAAAUCCGCCACAAAGGGAUUCGACUCGAAUCGAAUAAUCGGGCAAGGUGCAUUCGGCACCGUCUAUAAGGGCAUCUUGGCCGCCACGGGCGGCACCGUGGCGGUGAAGAGGUGCAGCCACAAUGGACAAGGGAAGGCGGAGUUCUUCUCCGAGUUGUCGAUUAUCGGAACCCUAAGGCAUCGGAACCUCGUUCGACUCCAAGGUUGGUGCCACGAGAAGGGCGAAAUCUUAUUGGUCUACGACAUGAUGUGUAAUGGGAGUCUAGACAAGGCCUUGUUCGAAUCGAGAAUGACGUUGUCUUGGUCUCAUAGGAAGAAGAUUUUGCUCGGUGUGGCUUCCGCGUUAGCCUAUUUGCAUCAAGAAUGCGAAAAUCAAGUGAUUCAUAGAGAUAUCAAGAGUAGCAAUAUUAUGUUGGACGAAGGGUUUAAUGCGAGAUUAGGAGAUUUCGGGUUAGCUAGGCAAGUCGAGCACGAUAAAUCACCCGAUGCCACGGUGGCAGCUGGCACAAUGGGGUACUUGGCCCCCGAGUACUUGCUGACUGGGCGGGCGACCGAUAAGACGGACGUUUUCAGCUAUGGGGCGGUGGUGCUAGAGGUGGUGACUGGGCGGCGGCCGAUAGAGAAGGGGGUGGUUUCGGGUGGGGUGGGGGUGGGGGUGGGGAGUAAUUUGGUGGAGUGGGUGUGGGGGUUGUAUAGGGAAGGGAGGUUGAUGGAGGCGGUUGAUCGGAGGCUUGGCGGUGAGUUCGAUGGUGAGGAAAUGGGGCGGGUUAUUUUGGUCGGAUUGGCGUGUUCGAACCCGGAUCCGACGGGUCGACCCGUUAUGAGGAGUGUUGUUCAAAUGCUCGUGGGGGAGCGUGAUGUGCCCGUGGUUCCGAAAACGAAGCCUACAUUGAGUUUUAGUACGUCGCAAUUGAUAUUGAGUUUGCAAGAUAGUGUUAAUGAUUUGAAUGAGAUGGUUACUAUUUCAACCACCUCGUCGGAAACUAGUUUUAUCGGCGGCGGUGGUGGCGGUGGCGGCAAUGGUAGCUACUCCGAUCUUGUGUGAUAUGUUUAAUUUAUUAGUAAUGUAUGUAUUCAUUGAUUUAUAGAAGAAGGUACCUAUGUAUUUAACACGAAUAACCUAAGAUAGGAUGGGGUUCAUGUAUCCAUUGUUCUGUCACAUGUAAACAAAAUUAUUGUGUAAUAAACUAUAAUAUAAAUUGAAAUUGAAAAAAAAGAAAUACUAUUUGAAAGAGAUGUAUGAUAGGUGAUAGUCAUUUUCUUGAAUAUAUAGUUGGAUAGUAGAUUGCUCUUUUAUUGAGGGAGGGUGGGUGGUUGCUUUCUCAAGUAACACACCCCAUAAGUCAAAAGCCAAUACAUAAUAGAGUUUUGAGUAGUGGUUUGGUAAAGUGGAAGUGAUAGUAUGGGCAGAAGAAAGGAAUACCGUUUCAACUUCAAAUA